UGUUAGAGUGAAAGCGGGGCGAGAUAAAGGGAGAGGAGUGGUUGUUUGCUAUGUCGUGGGCGGCUGGAGCCGCUUUGGUGGCGUUGUGCAUGGCUUUGAGGAGGGGGUGGUUUGUUUGGGGGGAGAAAGACUAGAGUCUCAGUGUAGCUGUUGCCUUUGUUAUUCAGUUUAAUGGCGGACGCGGCGGCUGUGAGUGGGGGUGAGAAAGAGCAAGAGCCGUCUCCUCGGGCGGAGAAUAACAACAGCGGUGUUAGCGGCCUCACGGGUGAGGAAAGCCGAGCUGCAGUAGCUGAAGCGGAGGAUUCUACACAAAAUGGCGGCCGCUGUGAGAGGCUCAGAAGCGACGAGGAACCUCUCCUAGGAGCUGCUGUUGCUGUAGAGGACACACGCUCCCCCAGUCAUGGCCACCGCAAGACUGUCGUCUCCACGGCCCACGAACAGCUACAGCAGCAGCAGCUUGAUGAUGGGUCAGGAGCCUCUCUCCCCAAAGCAUUUGAAGAUCUGCUGCCUCCUAAGAGGAACUUUCAGAUCCCCAGGAAGAGCAGAGAAAAGAAAGCUCUCUUUCAGCCAAUAAUUGCAGGAUCUCGUGAAUUUGAUGAUGUUGUGAACAUUUUGCAUUCAGCUUAUUUGGACUGUCAAUCAAAAGGCAAUUUUGUUUACAAAAAAGCCAGUUUAGUUCAUAGUGAACUGUUGGAAAAAGAGUUCAUAGAGAAACGGAGGGAAUUAAAACGAGAUGGCCGAUCAGAAAAAGAACUUGCUGAAAGUUAUGCGUUUCUGAAGAUUGAUCGUGCUCUGGUGCAAAACAUAUGUGAGAAUGGCUUGCAGGUGGGUCAUUCCAAAAUGACAGUUCUUGGCAGUUCUUCUAUGGGUGUGUAUCUUUCUAGAUAUGCUGACUUGUUGCAAGCUAAUCCUCUAGAGCCUAGAGUAACCGGUGAUGUGAUUAUUUUUAAAGUCAUAAAAGGAAAAAUGAAAAGCAUAUGUGAUACGCUGGGAGUAAAACCAAUGGACGCAGCCUCAAAAAGUGCUUUAGAUCCUACUCCAAAGCAUGAAUGCCAUGUUUUAAAGAAUGCGAACAAAAUUAAUUCUAUAUUAUCUUACAGAGCUUAUGAGCGUUCUCAGUAUUAUUUCUAUGAAUAUGGCUUUGAUGAGAUCAGGCAAAGACCAAGACAUGUAUGUCCAUAUGCUGUUGUAUCAUUUUCUUACAAGGAUGAGAAGGUUCAAAAGUAUUUUCCUCAGUCAAGAUCAAAGAUUUCUAACAUGGAUAAGAAUGCAGAUAAGACAAGCUACACCUUGUGGAAGGGGCAGCUUUUAAACAGAGGGACACUUGUAUGCCAUGUUGCUUUGAAAUCAGAAACACGGCCUUUGCUUCCCUGCAAACUUCCUGAAAAACUUGAUGUUGAUAUGGUUAUGAGUAUUGAACAUUUGACAAAGAAGAUCUCGCCAAAAGUGUUCUAUAAAGAAACCUAUUCAGGAGAAAAGGAAGAAUUCAGGGGUGGAAUGUACUGUAGCCUUUAUGAAGUUGUGGAAAAGACUAGCUCGGGAAGUAAUUUGGAAGGUUUACUUCAAAAGCUAGAGAAAGACAAACUAGUUAUUGUUAAACCACUUGUAGACCAAGGAUAUCUGGUGCUCCUUUCUCCUUGUCAAAUGGCUUCCCCAUAUGACAAUCAAGCAGGAAGACCUCGCACUCUGCAAGCAUUGUUUCUGUUCCGGAAUCAUAGAGGUAUAGGGACAUCAACACAAAAACAUGACCAGAAAAAUGCAAAUUCUUCAGUAUUGCAGGAAACGCUUAUGGUUAUGCCAGAACUUACAAGAUUUAUACCGUCAUUGCAUUAUGCUUUACUCCAGUCUCGUAAAGACCCUAAAUCAAACUUAAAUGUUGCAGUAGAAAAAUACAUACAUGACUACCUGAAACGGUGGAGUAAACAUAAACCAUUUUUUCUGUAUGAAUAUAAACCAACCUUGGAUGAGAAACGAUUCUUGCAUGCUGGACCAAAAAACAAAUCCAAUCUUGAUAGUGCCUUACGUGCCUACAUUUUUGGUUCUGAAGCGUACCAGAUUCCUGUUUCUAAAGCAAAAAAAAUAAUGGAUGGGAAUCGAAAACCUCAGCAGUUCAGCCCUGUUUCAGAUUAUGAAGCACCAGAAGAAGAAUCUGACUGCCCAGUGAGAAAAGCUGGAAAAAGAAAUGGUUCUAAAGGUGAAAUGAUAGCUGCCAAGAAAAAACGUUGUCACCCUGGGGAGUAUGAUAAAGGAAGAAUGCAAAAGCUGAUUAACUUAAUUCAGUAUAAGAAGAAAAAUGUAGAUAGAGAAUCUGACACAGAAGACAGUAGAAGCAAGAGCAGAUCAAAGCGAAAGCUGGAAAGUAGUGGAGAAAGCCCACAGAAACGCUUAAAAAUUAGCACUUCUUCAGAAAAAGAUUGUCCAUACGAUGGAGAGAGAGCAUCUGAAUCACUGUCUUCAAUAAUAGCAGAUCUUGGUGGAUGCGAUACUGAUCUGAGGCAGCAAAAUGUUUCUGAUCCUCCUGUUAUUGACAAUGUGGUCUUCAAAAAAUUUUUAGAUGAGUUGGCUGUUCCAGAUUCUCUGCUGACGAGACUUUUUAAUCAUGCUUUAGCAGAAAACAAUACAAGGCAACCUCCUGAGUACAACUCCAUUCCAGCACAGGAAACAAGCACUGGAAGUGUCAGUAGUUUUGAUGGCUGCAGCAGCCCAUGUCCCAGCACCCCCAUUGAACAGAAAUAUCACAGGCAACAUUCCAACUCAAAUAACACUGGGGAGACAGCAUUACACUGGAAAUUAAUUCCCAUCACAGGAGGGGCAGGAAGAGUUCCUGAGAAGCAACUGAGAGAACAUGGAGAUAACCAAACAGGUCUAAAAUCUCCUGAAGAGUUACUGGCUUAUUCACCACCAAAGGAUGCUUCUCAAGAUGACCCCCGGGUAAUAAACAGGCAAAAAAUGUCUGAUUAUCCAUAUAUGUACACUGAGUUUUCAGACAUACAAAACCGAAUAGAAGAUAGAGUGUAUAUAGGUCAAGACCCAAAACUUGAAAAUCAGCAUGAGUUUGCAGCAAACCACUGUUUUGCCAGUAAGCACUGUAUAAGUGGAAUAAUAGAAAAGGCAAUAUUAGAUGAAUACAAGCACUUCACCGACAAGAUUCAGGAGAUUUUGCAGCAGAAGAAUAUUACGUAUGUAAGUGGAAUAUCCAGACCUGUCUUCUCAGCCAAGGAAAGAGUAAUGAGACUUUCACAAUACAUAUGUUUACAAGCAUCAGAAAUUGCUGUCCAAGAAUACAUAGAAGGACUGAGUGAAAAGCUCAACAAGGUUGCUUUGUCUUCAUAUGGCAUCCUUAGUGCACCAUAUACUUGCAGUUCCGAACCAGCAAAUGAUUUGAUUACAGACACUGCGUUGAAUCUCGCUUCAGAUGAGCCUGUGAUCCCUGAACCUGCUACAAGUAAUUUUGAUAUGGACCAGGUACCAGAACCACUGGAUAACAUCACAACAGAAGAUUCCAACGUUAAUGAACAGAAGCCACCAGUGACCUUGGACCCUGGAAAAGAACAGAAUCCAGUGAGCACCACCAUAGAGACUAAACCGACAGUUGAUGGAAAUCUAUCUAGUGCUGACCCUCCGCAACAACCAGACAAGCCUCAAAAGCUUGCAGAUAAUGUAAAUGUUACAAAUCAGCCAGCUCUUGCUGAUUUGAUAAUCAACAUAAAACCUGAAGUGUUUGAUAGCAUUGUCAAAAUUAUUAAAGAUGUGCAAAAAAACACUGUGAAAUUUUACAUUCAUGAAGAACAAGAGAGUACACUUUGUAAAGAAAUAAAGGAAUAUCUUAUAAAACUAGGUAAUACAGAGUGCCAUCCUGAACAGUUUUUGAGAAUAAGGGCUGUCUUGGAUAAAUUGCUCAUAAUUAUUCAAAAUGAAGAUAUUGCCAGUCAUAUUCAUAAGAUACCAUGUUUAGUAACUCUGAAGAGGCUAUCGUGUGUCAGUUUUGCUGGUGUUGAUAGUCUGGAUGAUGUGAAAAAUCAUACUUACAAUGAAUUAUUUGUUUCUGGUGGCUUCAUUGUCUCUGAUGAAUCUGUUCUUAAUCCUGAAUGCAUCACAGUUGAUCAACUUAACCAUUUUCUAAAGUUUCUUGAAGAGAUUAAUACUCCAGAUGGAAAGUGGCAAUGGAAAAUUCAUUGUAAAAUACAGAAAAAAUUGAAGGAACUUGGGAGAAUAAAUGCAAAUGCAAGUGCGAAUGCAUUGCUAACUCUUCUGAAUGCUUAUCAAAAGAAGCACAUGGUUGAGAUUCUGUCGUACCAUAACUGUGAUUCUCAGACACGAAAUGCACCAGAAUUAGACUGUCUCAUAAAUCUUCAGGCUCAGAAUUUGCAACAAAGGCACAUUGUCUUCCUUACAGAAAAGAACGUUCAAGCAUUUGGAACUUACGCUGAUAAUGGAAUAGUGGUUACUACAGUUGAUUACUUCAUGCAUAACUUUAAAAGCCUUGUUGGCUACCAUAACUCAAUUACUGAAGAAAACAGCCUUCCUCCCCCCAUUGAUCAUGAAAGACAAUCAGUUCUUGUAGAAAACGAUGAGAAGGAUGAGGAGGACAUGUCUUUGGAUUCAGGGGACGAAGCAUCACAAAUAGAAGUUUGCAAUGAUGUCUCAAAGCAUGAUUCCCAUUUGGAAGCUUUGCGGACAGAGACCAAAGGAUCACAUGGCGCAAACUCUAAACAAAACUCUCAGCUUGAUACACAGCUGUCUACUGAAGAACACAUCCUUGUGGCAGAAAAGACUUCUAAAACGGAUGUGCAAGACAUACAACCAGUUACUCCAGUUUCUACAACAUGCUUUACUGCAGGAGAAAAAAACAAUUCAGCUGAACACGUUUCUUUCAGUAACUUUCAGAUUUACAAUAGACAGUUAAGUGUGCCCCAUCAGUUCAGUCACUUUAAUGUUCUUACUCAUCAGACGUUUCUAGGAGCAACGUAUCCAAUGUCUACAAGUCGAAACCAAGAAGGUGGAAGUUACUUCCUGACUGCUUACAGCCAGAACAUGGAUAUGGACCAGUCUUCAGCUCCCAGUAAUUGGGAUGUCAGUUGUGAUUCUUCCAGGCCGUAUUCCAAACAGAAUUAAGCAACACUAAAAAAAUUUUUAUAAGUUGUUGUAGAUUUUCUGUUACUAAAAAAAAAGUGAUUUAACAGUUUCUAUUCUUUGAUCAAAAUAUUUCCUGUCUCUUUUUCUCAGUUUGGUUGUUCUGUCUUAUUUAAAUCACGAUGGCCUGUACCAGUUGAAGCACCUGGAGUUUGAAAUAAAUAUAUAUUUUUUAACAUUUACUGUACUUGAAUGAACUUGUUUGUUGCCACUUCUAAGUUUUUACAUUUUGUAUUUGACCUGUAAUUGAGACUUCUCUUUGAAGUCUGUUUUAAUGUAAACAAUAUUGGCCUCAAGCAUAUGUAAAAUGCCAAGACUUUGUUUUAACAGCAAAAUGUAACAGGCUAUCCAAAAUACUUUUUCUUUAUCAAAGCUGUUAUGUGCGUAUUUGACAGUUUUGUACCAAAGGCUUUACAUAGUUAUAAAGGCAGUUUUAGUUAACUUAGCAAAUAUCCUGGAUUUUUGGAAGUAUACCUCAAUUAGAACAGUUCCAUUUUGAAAAUAAAAUUAUCAUCUAAACAGGG